AGGUGCCUUCAAGUUGGAAGAUUGCAAUUAUUGCUUUAAACCAAUUAUUUGAAAUUUAAUUUUGUUGCUAUAUGGCGGAGAAAUGCUUAUUGGAUGUCUUGCAUACUGUCUUUGAUUUGCUUCUCAUCAAUUAGUCUCUAACAAGGGCUCAUAAAUCGACCAAUCACUUGCUUGAUUAGUUACGCAUAAGCAGUGUGGAUGCUGUAGCUCUGGUAAUUUUAUUGGGUUGGUUUUUGCCUGAUUAAACCGCUUCAAUGAUUGUAUACAGCGGUGAGUGAAAUCAUUGGGUGCCUAGCUGAGCUACAAAGCUAUUCCUAUGUUGAUUCCCACGAGCUAGCUCAUUCUCUUAGCAUCUGUUCCUGAAAAAAGUUUAUCAGUAGUAAUAUGGAUGAUGGAAUACAAGUUCCUGAUAUGAUGGGUCAUCUUACAUUGAAAUGCUUUCCAUUUCUUUCAUUUUGAUAUAAACGCUUUAGACAGGAACUUCAAAUCUCAUAGUCUACAACAGCAGUGAUUUCAGUAGUGUUUUUCGAAGAUCGCUAAACAAAUGAUUUGAAGCUGAAAUAUAUUUUUUUCGAUUGUUUUUAAAGCGUGAGGAAAAUUCUGUGCUCUGUUUUCUGCAUUAUUCAUUCAUCUACAUUCAAUGUUGAUACCAGGAUUUUGAAAAAUAUUCACUUGAGGCCUAAGUGAAAUUUGAACUAUCUUGUACCAAUAUUCUGACUUCUGGCAUCCAAGUUUCAUGUCUACAUUUUUGGUAUUCAUGGGUGAUAUUUUCUUGGUGGCUAAUAAUGAUUAAGGAGUUUGUUUUUUAAAUGUAUAUUUCAAUAAAUCACAUAUGAUAGAUUGCAGUCGAGUAUUUAGGAUUUCAUUCCAACUCGCUCUACUUCUCUGAUAACUUGAAGCAACAGUUGCUUGUGUUGAGGUAAUCUGUAUCUUAAACCUUAUUUGUUCUUUUCCUCAAGAUUCAUUAUAAUUGAACAAGAGAUUAUUUUUCUCCAAUUUUCUGUCAAACAAUGCAUUACUUCAAGAGGCUAAAACACUUUUAACACACCCGGGAACACAACCUUUGAAUGCAGUUGUGACACAAAUGUGUAUUUUUAAUGCAUUAUUUUUAUGGAAUUUAGUUAUGAUUUUUCACGAUGGAACGCAGGUUCACAUGCUUUGAGCUGUAUCACCAGCUUCGUACUUACGCAUGUACAAGUCGAGAGUUGUUCGAGCUCCAAGCAAUCAUGUUAAAGUUUGUUGUUUAUAAAGACAAAGAUCAUAAUGAUCAGAACAAUAAUGCAAAUGUGGGAAAGGAUGGAACUUUAAUUGGCAAUGGUGAAUUACUAAACACAGAGUCGUUUCAAAUGAACAAGUAUAAAGAUGGUCCAAAGAAGACCGUCCGUAUUAUGACCAAUGGCUACAUAACGCCAACAGGUCGCUAUCAGGGAGAUUCAAGCUACGGAAGCGCGUCUCCCACGUACAGUUCACCAGCGAGCAGUACCCAACGAGUAUCGCCAACAAUUGACCUAGAUCCUGACAGAGGCACUCCGACCUCUCAGACUAGUAUUGACCAAAAGAACUCUAAAUCAGAUUCACUGAGACCACCAUCCAGGACAUCUGGUGAGAUAACAGUACAAAAGAGCGCCUUGAAAAAGAGAACUCUUACGAAAAACCUUAAACCUUUGUUUGAUCUGCUCCCGGACGAUUUAAUAAUUAGAAUUUUGUCAUAUUUACCUAGCAGACAAUUAUGUAGAACUGCAGGAGUAAGUCGUAGGUUUUAUAAAUUAUCAUGGCAACCUGUGUUGUGGACUAAUAUCAGAAUAUCUGGUGAGAGAACAGACAUUGACAGAGCAAUGAAAGUCCUUACAAGGAGAUUAUGUCAGGAAACGCCAUAUGUAUGUCUUUCGGUUCAAAAGCUUGUUUUGAGUGGAUGUGAACGUUUAGGAGAGAAAGGACUAACUCUAAUCGCACAGCGAUACCCAGAACUGCAGCAUUUAGAACUGUCAGGUUGCACAAAUUUAACAAAUGAAGCACUUUUCGAAAUUGUUUCCAAAUGCCUUCAGCUGGAUUAUCUUGACAUAUCAGGAUGUCCACACAUUACAUGUUUCAACUUAUCAUCAGAGGCAGCUUCGGAGUCGUGUCAAUUGCAAGGUCAAAGUUUACGUUUACGACAUCUAGACAUGUCAAAUUGUGCCGCCCUCGAUGAUAAGGGAUUAAGGACAGUAGGUUUGAAUUGCCCGGGAUUACAAAACCUCUACCUUAGAAGAUGUCAACGUAUCACAGACGAGGGCUUAAAAGAAAUAGCAAACUGUUGCUCCGUUUUAAAGGAGAUCUCGGUCAUUGAAUGCCGCAGAAUUACCGACUAUGGUAUGAGGGCGCUAUCAAAGAUAGGUGCCUCUCUUCGACACGUCAGUAUUGCAAAAUGUGAUCAAAUCACAGACUUAGGAGUACACUCAAUAGCAAAGUACUGCAGUAAGUUACGUUAUCUUAACGUCAGAGGUUGUGCAUUUUUAACGGACAAAGCUAUGGUGGAUCUGGCACGUGGAUGUGUACGUUUGCGAUCGCUUGAUAUUGGUAAAUGCUCGCAGGUGACUGAUCAAGGAGUGACAGCCUUGGCAAUAGGGUGCAUGUACCUGCGUAAACUGAGUCUGAAGGGUUGUGUACUGGUGAAGGAUGAGGGCAUCCACAUGAUGGCGCAGUAUUGUCCGGAACUCCAGCAACUGAAUAUCCAAGAGUGCCAAGUGUCAGUCGAAGCAUUUAAAACAUUCAAGAAAACUUGUCGGAAGUGUAUCAUUGAACAUACAAACCCAGCAUUCUACUAGUCUGUAAAUCCAGUUGUUAACGAGUCU